AUGUUUGUAUUAAUUGAUCGAAGAUCAAUAAAUAACACGCCCAACUGUCAUAUUUCGAGAAGGUCAGUGACCUAUAUAUUACUCCGCCUCUAUUCCGCGUGAAGCUGUUGCGAUCGAUGAACGAAAAUAACACAAAAAUGGCGACUCAUUUUCUAACAUUUGGUUAGUUAUCGUCAGAUUUUUACGACUGUGGAUGUGCUAGGGAGGGGAACAUGCCUAGUGACGGUUCCUCAGACGUAUCUCUUUCCACUGUUGAGUCAGAACUUUAUUUCCUAAUAUCCCGGUUCCUCGCAUCAGGACCAUGUCAGCGGGCUUCAGAGGCAUUGAGACAGGAGCUGACAGAACAUCAGCUUUUACCAAAACGGUUGGAUUGGGAAGGCAGGCAACACGAAAGAAGUUAUGAAAAUUUGGUCAGUCUUAAUCGUCACAUAUCUUCAAGUCACCUUCUGCAAGUAUGUCAACGCCUGGGUCCCCUCCUGGACAAGGAUAUCAAAUCGACUGUGACAGGAUUACAGUCCCUUUUAGGAGCCGGACGACAGUCCCUUCUCAGGACCAAAGAGUCUGUGAACCAUCCCCGAUGGCGACCCGAGAGACUUGUAGCUACUCGUCAUGAACGGCCUCUGAUCCCACCCAUCAACCUAGUGGUCCCCUCCAUUGGCCAUGUGAUCAAGGCCAGAGAGAUGACUGGAGGGAGUCAGAGGGACCUCAUCUGUCCUAUCUUCAUUUACUCCAAAGUAUGCAUGCAUGCUAGAAAGCUGGGCCACCUAUCAGCUGUGUACUGUGUGGCGUUUGAUAGGACAGGCCAGUACAUCUUCACAGGAGCUGAUGAUGCCCUCAUCAAGAUUUGGUUUGCAGCAAGUGGACGACUGAUUGAUACGCUCAGGGGACACAACUCUGAGAUCACAGAUAUUGCUGUAAAUUUUGAGAAUACACUGCUGGCCUCAGGUAGCUGUGAUAAAAUAAUUCGGGUGUGGUGUCUAAGAACUAAGGCUCCGGUGGCUGUUCUGCAGGCCCAUACAGGAAUGAUCACCUCCUUACAGUUCUGUCCUCAGGCCAGGGGAGAGCAUCGUAUUCUAUCCUCCACAGGCGGUGAUGGCUGUGUCUGUUUUUGGACCUGGAAUGUCACCACAAACAAAUUCAAUCCGAAACCAGCCAAGUUUAUAGAGAGGUCGCGAGCAGGUGCCCAGAUGUUGUGCUCAUCUUUUAGCCCUGGGGGGGUGUUUUUGGCUACAGGAAGUGCUGACCAUGUGAUCAGAGUUUAUUUCUUACAUGUCACAACACCAGAAAAGAUAUGUGAAUUGGAAGCUCAUACAGACCGUGUUGAUAGCAUCUGCUACAGUAACGGUGGGGAAAAGUUUGUCAGCGGGAGUAGGGAUGGCACAGCCCGGAUCUGGCGCUACGAUCGACAGGAAUGGAAGUCUAUCAUUCUUGCUAUGUCAACUCAACUAUCCAGUUGUGUCAAAUCAGAGACUGAAGACAAAGGACAGAAACCACGCGUCACCAUGGUUGCGUGGAACCUAGAUGAUAACUUGGUUGUCACAGCCGUCAAUGACAGCUCACUCAAAGUGUGGGAUUCCCAUCAUGGCAAACUCUUGCACGUUUUAAAGGCUCAUGAGGAUGAAGUGUUUGUUUUAGAACACAGUCCUACAGAUCCUCGUAUCUUCCUGAGUGCUGGUCACGACGGAUAUGUCAUCAUUUGGAACCUCAACACUGGCAAUAAGAUCAAAAGUUACUUCAACAUGAUUGAGGGCCAGGGCCACGGUGCUGUGUUUGACUGUAAAUUUUGUCCUGAUGGAAACAGCUUUGUUGCCACUGACUCUCAUGGACAUCUGCUUCUGUUUGGAUUUGGUUCAAACGACAAAUAUAAAGAGAUACCUCAGGAAGUGUUCUUUCACACUGACUACCGUCCACUGAUGCGUGACAGCAAUAAUUACGUUUUGGAUGAGCAAACACAACAACCACCACACCUCAUGCCCCCACCAUUCCUUGUUGAUGUUGACGGUAAUCCAUACCCACCGAAAUUCCAGAAACUUGUGCCAGGCAGGGAGAGAUGUAAAGACAACCUACUAGUACCUCAGAUGGCUGUCAAUGAAACAGGGGACCAGGAGGUUGUUGGGGAGCGGAUGACGGAGGAUAAUGAUGAACAACUGAUGCCCCCUCCUGUGGCCCCAAACAACCUUGAUGGCCUUAUCCAGCAGCUGCAACGUGAACAAGACAAUCGUAUGGCAGCAAGAGGUUCUCCCAGGGUUGCAAGGUCUAAUUCAGGUAGUGGUGGUAACCAUGGUCACAGAGUUGGAAUGAGGAUGAGUGGAGAAACAGAGGGUGUGCGUCAGUCACUAGGCAACAUCAACCAGCAGGCCACCCAAUCUGAUCUUGCUGCCUGGGGCAGACGCAUCAUUGUCAAGGAGCUCCAUCCUUCUGAACUUUCGAGUUGUGAAGAAGUGAGAAUGGCACAUGCUGAGGUGGAGUCCAAGAGGUUUUUGGCAGAGAGAAAAAAAAAGCCAUUAUUUUUCCACCAACAGAGUGAAGCGACUACCCCAGUCAACAAGCAGAAUAAGUCCCGACGCCGUCCACGAGCUGGACAACAUUCAGACACUACAUCACCGGAGAAUGAGGAAACGGCAACAAAUAGACUGGUCACACGUGCAUUGUACGAUACAGAGGAGGAGGAGGAUGAGAAUGAUCAGUCAGGGCUGUGGAACAGUAGUAGUGGCAGUGAUUCCACUGACUACUCUGACUGGGUGGGUGACAACAACACGUCCAGUCUACAGCCGCCCAAACGCACAUCUUUACGGCGUCGAAAACAGAGACGUAUGACGUCAUCAGAUGAAGAAGAGGAAGACCAAAGUGAUACAAACAACGACACAACGACAAGUCGACGACCGAGACCUCAGAGGAAAAAACCUGAACCCAAAGAAAAGAAACUAAACAAAACAACUAGGAGACGGCAGCAGAUAGUUAAAAAAAUGGAUGGGGUUGAGGAGCUGCCAGAGGAGUUCCGCCCCCCUGAAUGGCUGACUGACACAAAACCAAGAAAGACACCGUAUGUCCCUCAGAUGGGGGACGAGGUGAUGUACUUCCGACAGGGCCAUGCUCUCUAUCUACUGGCUGUCAAACGUCAUGCUGCCUACAAUGUCAACUCUAACAAAAACCAGCCCUGGAACAAGUAUCCUCACCUCAGGGAACAGGAAUAUGUGAAAAUAGUUGGGAUAAAGUAUGAAGUCCGUCCUCCCCGCCUCUGCUGUCUGAAGCUGGCCUUCAUCGACCCAGAGACGGGCAAAACUUCCGGGGGAUCCUUCAGUAUGAAGUACCAUGACAUGUCUGAUGUAAUUGAUUUUCUUGUGCUAAAACAAACAUAUGAUGUGGCCAUGAAACGGAAAUGGAAAGCAAAUGACCGGUUCCGCUCUAUGAUAGACGAUGCCUGGUGGAUGGGAACAAUAGUGUCACAGGAACCGUUCCAGCAGGAGUACCCGGACAGCAUGUUCCAGUGUUUUAACGUCCACUGGGACAACGGUGAAAUAGAGAAGAUUAGUCCUUGGGACAUGGAGCCUAUAGGAACCUGUCAGAUGCCAAAUGAGCAGGGAGGAGGCGUGCCUGUGACCCAGGAGGAGGUGAAGUCUCUGAUGUAUACCCCCAUCACAGGCGAGUGGCCUUCGUGUGGGCGGGAUGCGGAGUGUGAAAGAAUCAUUAGGUGUAUAGAGGUAGUGAUGGAACACUCCAUUGCCGAACCCUUCCUCACGCCCGUCGACCUCAAUGCCUUCCCUAUCUACGCAAUUGUUAUUGAAUACCCAAUAGAUCUCAACACCAUUAAAUCCAGACUGGAAAACAGAUUUUAUAGGAGAGUAAAUUCUCUACAGUUUGAUGUACGGUAUAUAGAGAACAAUGCCAACACCUUCAAUGAACCUGGAACACCUAUAGUCAAAAGUGCUCAGAUCACCACAGAAAUAUUGCUCCGAGUCAUCAGUGAUGAGGACUGCACAGACCCGCACUCCAUCAUCACGCGGUUAUGUCAGGGUGAGGAGUUCAGCUGGGGCUCCUCAUCCUCUGACAGUGACCGGGAGGGGAAUAGCCAGACUAGGAAACGGAAACGUGGUGACAAUGACACACCACGGAAGAGACAGAAAGUGGAGCAGCGGCACAAAACACCCAACUCCUGGAAGGAGGAGUGUCACCAGCUGUUAGUCACCAUGCUCCACUGUCAGGACUCGGAACCUUUCAGGGAACCUGUUAAUCCAGUCACCUAUCCUAAUUACUGUAAUGUUAUAGAACGGCCGAUUGACCUAGGAACUGUCAAAGAUAAUUUAGAGAAUGGUGACUACACAGACCCUACAGAACUAUGCAAGGACAUCCGACUGGUCUUCCAUAAUUCUAAAGCAUUCAACACUAACAAACGGUCAAGGAUUUAUGCUAUGACGUUACGUCUGUCAGCCAUGUUUGAAGAGCAGAUCAAGGAUGUUGUGGUAGACUGGAAAUCGGCUAAGAAACGAAUGUCUCGAUCCAGGAGUAUGACAGAAAAUUCCCGGUAUACGGAGCGACGACGGCUUCUCAACAGUCUGUCCUCUGAAGAUUUGCCUAAUACAAGUAAUGCCAGACCAGGUCCCUCAUCAUCAGGACUGAUGUCAACUCGGAGGAACCAGCGCUUGCUCAACUCUUCAACCACUCAAGCUGACGAAGAUGAUGAGGAAGAGAUAGAAGUGGAUGUAGAUACUAUUUCUGGGCCUAGUACCCGAUCUUCACAUUCAAAUAAUGGGGCCCGACGCACACGAAAAUUCCGGGUUAAGAAGGAGGAGCCCAACCAUUAUGACUCGGAGACGGAAGUAGAAAGCGAUAGUUCAGAGGAAGAGGAGGUUAUUAAACCCUCAAACUCCCAAAGGGGGCAACCUACAAAAUCUUCAGCUUCCAAACCUGCUCAGGCCAAAAUCAAUGUCAAAGGCAAGCAGUCAGCUACAUCAAAUGGCCAGCACAAGACGAGAGCAGCUACAGGAACAAUCAAACCAAGACGCUACUGUGUCGAUGGAUCCUUCAAUGACAAUGAAAAGUUAUCCAAAACUGCAGCACUAUCACAUUCAUCUUUAUCCUCAUCAUCUUCAACAGAAGUUGACUCUAAUAACAGUAGUUCAUCUAGUUCAUCAUCAGAUUCUGAUUCAGACUUGUCAUACAAUGGGAUGGAGGCCAAGCCUCCAAGACACACUAAGAGAUGUAAACCUGUUCGACCCUCAGUCAAACCCAGGUUAAAAGCUUCUGAUAAUGGAUUUGUAAUAGAUAGAAACAAAAAGAAAAACCAAACCAAUUCCAGGGUGAAAAAAACAAGUGACGGUGCUACCUCAUAUGGGCGAACAAAAUCAUCAGGGACAGGUAAGCGAACGACGAGGAAUCAGGGUCGCCAGACAGUGAGGUAUCAGGAGGACAGUGAUGGUGAGCCUGAGGAUUCUUGGAAUCUAGAAGGGUCAGGGUCAGGGUCAGGGUCAGGCACUGACUCUGACUACAGUGAAGGACAUGAUAGGCCUGACAUAAGCACAAGUAGUAGGGGGCGUGUCAGGAAACUAACGGCCCGAGCCAGGGCAAGUCUCAUGGGAGAAUAAAGAUGGGCAAAGUGGGGAGGGAAGGGCCAGUGAAUUUAGUCCGGUGUUACAUAUUACUCUGCAGUCAAUACUUACCUCUGUCUACCUGGAAUAAAUACUAGAAAUGAAAAAGAUUUGGUCUAAAACCUUCAUGCAGAAAUAGAUCCAAAACUAAUGCAAAUCAUGUUAAGAAUCGUACAAUAAAAACAUUUGCCACCUUGUCAAGGAAAACUUAAUCUUGCUAUGGAAGUUUACAUCACAAAAAAUGGGGUUUAAUAUAGAUAUACUUUUGCCCACUCCUUAAAAAUAUUUAUAUAUUAUUCUCAAUUCAAGUGCAAAAACUGUCAAUUCAAUUACUGAAACUCUUUUUGACAAAUGUGUCUGUAAAGUUAACAUUGCUAAUUCAAAACGCUGAUGAAUUAAAAGGUACUGGUGCCAUUUUUGAACAAAUCUACUUGACAGGAGGACUUUGAUCUCAGUGUCCAUUGUAUGUGUAGUUAGUUAUCAAUAUGGUGGACCGGUAUAGAUAUAUCACUCGUUCAGAGUUAUACUUCAAACUGUAAGCAAGAACUUAUGUUGUAGUUGUGUUCAGGCUCUGAACAAAUAAGAUGAUAAAUAUUUGUGCAAUGAAUCGAAGUGAACAAGUAUACAAUCAAUUACUUGUAUAUAUGUUUACAGUCAACUAUACUGGGAUCAAGGACAACUUGCCAAUCAUUUACUUGUGUUUACAAUCCGCUAUACAGGACAAAUCGCCAAUCAUUAUUCAUAGUGUGAUGAUUUGUAACUGCUUUAAAUCUGUAAGAACUUGGAGUGAUUGAAGAAAUAUCAAUGGGCUUAGAAGGGAAAUAUGAAGUUUUGAAGAGGGACAUUAUGAAAACAACAUGGAAAUCUCAAUAGAAUCACCAAGUAAAGGAAGUAUAUAUUUUCAAAUAACAA